CUAGAAGUAGCUUGUAUGGCUUUUUUUUAUUCGAUCUAGUAGUUCUUGUUACAAAAUCAACAGCACAUUGUUGAGUAGUUUUGUUUUCCUUCAAUUUAAAAUUCAUUUUUGUGUACAACUGAUCCAAUGAUGGUUUCCGAAGCCCCGAAUGAAUACCACAUCCCGGACGUGCUCGGUUCGAGCAAGGAAGGCCCCAUCCGUUCCGCACCCGCUUACACAAUCACCGGGCGACAGAAGGCGCGACUACCGCAGUGCAUCACCUUCCCCGGUCCCGGUCAUUACGAUUCGAAAGUCGAUCCGCUGGUGAAGAAAGCCCCAAUGUUCUCGAUGGCCACCCGUUUCCGGCUGCCAACGGACGAAACGAUGAAACCGGGACCGGCAGCUCAUCAUCCCGAAAAGGGCUACGACAUUUACCGAACCGCUCCCGCCCCGUCCUUCUCCAUUCGUCACACGCCGUUCCUUGCUCACAAAACCCCCCGAUUGGCUACCGCCGUGAAACGAUCCUACUGGGAUUAAAUUUACAAUUGAAAAUUAAUCAUGUCUCGUGUCGUGUCAUGUUUUAUUAUUGUUUUGUUCUUUCGUUUCCAUCACUCAUUACAUCA